CAUGUUCAUGACUACUGGGUAUUCUUCAACAAGGACAAUAUGAAGUAGCUUCGAAGUCCGAACCAAGAAAAGGUAAUGGAUGAAUAAAGAGAAUCGUAUUUCGAUUUGUCCCUAUUUCUUAUAAUUUUUGCAAUUUCUUUCAAUUUCCAUUAUCGAUAACAGGAUCUCCGUGCUUAUAUUACUUGGCCCAGCCGGAAAAGUAUUGAAGAUUGAAUUUCAACCAUCAAGUUUCAAGCUUCGAUUUCGCUCAUUGAGUUUCUGCCCUUGGUCUCGUAGCGAAUAUUAUUUUUGAAAUCAUGUCUACAGAUAGUACUGCUAAUGCGAUUGGAUCAGCGUCAGCUCAAAGCUCAGCUGAACAAUCAAAGAGCACAGCGAGCACAUCAAGCGCAACUCAUCGACGUCCUUGGGAUAUAAUACAAAACGGCGGCGUCGCCCCAAGAGCGCGAGUUGGACCUGAUCGAGAACAAUAUGCGGAAAUACCUAGUAUUAGCGAGGCCAUCAAUCAAUUCGAGAAGCAAUUUCAUUCCGGACAACCCAAGUCUCUGUCUGGCAUCGCAUUGCGAUCCUUUCUCGUUGGCAUCGUCCUCACAUUCUCCACCUUCAGUACACUCUAUCUCUUCUUUGUCGCCGACACGAUCUUCUGGCGCAUCCCUUUUUUUAUCUCUUGCCUCUCCAUUUUCCACUUCCUCGAGUUUUGGACUACAGCGAGAUACAAUACACCUGAAGCAUCCAUAUCCUCCUUUCUCUUCAGCGGCAAUGGAUCCGCAUACAACAUCGCACAUACCGCCGCCAUCACCGAAUUCCUGAUCACGAAUACUUUUUUCCCCAAUGGGUCUCCAUACGUCAUCUACGGCCUACAGUUGCCCCCCUCCAUAUCCUGGUUUAGCCCUCGAGCACAAAACUUCAUCCUCGUCCUCGGUCUCAUCCUCAUACUAAUGGGCCAGACCAUUCGCUCCGUAGCCAUGGUUCAAGCCGGUAGAAGUUUUAAUCACAUAGUUCAAUUUACGCGGUCGCGCUCUCAUACACUUGUCACCACUGGUUUAUACGCAUGGUUACGCCAUCCCUCCUACUUCGGAUUCUUUUGGUGGGGAUUGGGUACACAAAUGGUUUUGGGGAACUUUUAUUGUUUUUGCGGAUAUACGCUGGUCUUGUGGAUGUUUUUCAAUAGGAGGAUUAAGGGGGAAGAGGCUUUGUUGAUCAAGUUCUUUGGGGAUGAGUAUGUACAGUACAGAAAGAUCUCGCGGGUGGGAAUACCGUUUAUCUAGAUUUGCAGUGGUAAUGCAUGCAAAUCUUGGGAUUUUUCUUCAUGUUGGAUGUGCACAAUAGGAUUGUAUACUCUGAAAUGCAUGAGAUGGUAA